AAUUUAGUAUUUGCUGAGCCGGUGAAACGUUCUGUAUUGUAUAACAUGUCGUCAAGUCCUGAUGAUUCAGACUGUCGAUAUAAAUGUUCCGGUAGUUGCUGUGAUCGUGAACUUUUGGCUGAGCCAUUGAAAUUUCCAAUAGCAACUGGCCUGACUGCACCAAACCGAUUCAUGAAAGGUUCGAUGUCUGAAAGGUUAUGUCGAUUCGACAAGAACCUUCCGCAAAAAAGUGGUAUUCCAUCAAAAGCGCUUAUUGAGUUAUAUAGUAAGUUUGCGCAAGGUAACUGUGGAAUAAUGGUUACUGGCUGUAUAAUGGUUAAUCCAAAUGAAAUUGAGGCUCCUGGUAACGUUAUAAUACAUAAAAGUGUAGAAAGCGCAGAACGAAAAGCCGCAUUUCAAGAAUGGACGAAAGCUGGAAAGGCUAAUGGGGGAUUGAUAAUAGCACAGUUAUUUCACCCUGGAACGCAGGCUUCAAAAUAUGGUAGCAGCCUAAAAUUUGACCCAGGGAGAGCAUCAAAAGAAGAGCUGGAAAAUUUAAUUGACGAAUUUGUAUGUGCUGGAUUAUACACUGAAAUAUACGAAAAAAAGCGCUUAGGAUUUGACGGGGUCGAGCUACCGUGUGCUUGGGACUUUACAUUAGGAUAUCUUACCAAUGCUGAUAUCAACCGGCGAAACGAUGAGUAUGGCGGUUCUUUCGAAAAUCGUUACAGAGCACUCCUUAAAAUUAUCGACGGUAUCAGGUCUUCAACUCAGCAGUACUUCAGCAGGAUUGGAAUUAGAAAUAACAUGAAAUUUAUAAUUGGCGUUAAGUUAGAUGUUGCGAAUUUGGCUCCUGCGUUUGAUCUUAACGAAUUUGCAAUUUUUGUUAAAAAGUUAGAGGAUCAUGGUGUAGAUUACAUAAGCUUUAGUGGUGGACAGUUGGAAUCUCUAUUGGAACUGCGUGAAGAGGAACACAGAUGCCUGAACGUGGUUGACGCCACCUAUGUCAAUGUUGCGACAACGUCAAAAAAAAUGGCCAGGAAGAUCCGAGUAUUUUUGAAUGCUGGACCAACUUUAUGCGAUAUGAGUGAAGUUUUAAGGAAGAAUUGGGCAGACGGAGUUGUACUCGCAAGGCCGUUGGCUGCUGAACCUUCAUUUCCACAGAAGUUACUAUGCGGUGUUGUCACCGGUGGUAUUAAAUCUUUGGUUAGCGACAGUGACUUUAUGACAGCUGUUGAGAUAGCCGGAACACAGAUGUGGCAACAUGCAACCAAUAAUCCAGUGAUGGAUUCGUCAAACGUUGAGCAUUUGGCCAAAUUUAAAGUUUGCUUGGCGAAACACGAAGAUGCCAUUAGACGUGCACCGUUAGAUAAACCAGUGAUUGGCUAUGCAAAACUGCAGUUAUAA